CUAUCAAGUGAAAAUGCUUUGGGAGGUGAGAGAAGGAGAUGACAAAGCUCCAGGUUAAUUUGAAAAGAAAGAGAGGCAUCAUGUCCCAGAGCUCCAAGCCGUCUUCGCUAGCCUUUGGUCAGGCAGUGAUCGGCCCUCCUGGAUCAGGGAAAACAACUUACUGUCUUGGCAUGCAGCAGUUCCUUUCUGCAAUUGGACGGAAGGUGGCUGUGGUGAAUCUGGACCCAGCCAAUGAAGGGAUUCCCUACCCAUGUGCUGUGGACGUCUCAGAACUGGUCACCUUGGAGGACGUGAUGGAGCACUUGAAACUGGGACCGAAUGGUGGCUUGAUCUAUUGUAUGGAAUACCUAGAGGCCAACAUUGACUGGCUGCAGGAGAAACUGGCCCAAUUUAAGGGGCAUUACUUCUUAUUUGACUGCCCAGGACAAGUUGAACUCUGCACCCACCACAGUUCAUUAAGGAACAUCUUUGCUCAGCUUAUGAAGUGGAACUUCAGGCUGGCAGCUGUUCAUCUGGUGGAUUCACAUUACUGCACAGACCCCGGCAAAUUCAUCUCCGUGCUCUGCACUUCCCUGUCCGCCAUGCUGCACGUGGAGCUGCCUCAUGUCAACGUGCUCUCCAAGAUGGACUUGGUCGAACAGUAUGGGAAACUGGCUUUCAAUCUCGAUUAUUACACAGAGGUUCUUGAUCUGUCUUACCUGGUGGAUCACCUGGCUUCUGACCCUUUCUUCAAGAACUACCAUCGCCUGAAUGAGAAGUUGGUGGAAGUGAUUGAAGACUACAGUUUGGUCUCCUUUGUCCCUCUCAAUGUCCAGACUGUGAACAGCACUCUGGCAGUCCAGGAGAAAUAUGUGCCGCCGCAAGAGAAGACGGUGGAGCAGGAAGCCAUGGACAUGUAAUCUGCCUGCUGGAGACUGGGGAGAGAUCUUGCUUGGCCCACGAUGCCUUCCCAUCCAUGGCAUGAAGGUGCCCCUCGGUCACCGGGCCCAAAGAAGAGCCUUCUGCCAAACAGAGGAUGCCACAGUGUAGCUUGUGUUCUUAGGUUCCUUCCAGACAAACGCCACCUUUCUGGUGUGAUCAGGAAUUUCCACAGCUGAGAAGAGGAAAAUGGUGGUCCUCUGUGUGGUUUGUGUGUCACCAAGAAGCGUUGGGUGGUGUGAUGUCAUUUGUGAGGUCCAGAAGUUGGCCACAAAGUCAAGAUCUAAUCAAGAUUAGAUCUAAUCUAAUCUAAGGGGAAGGGGAUGGCUCUUGCCAUGACGGGCAUCUCCAGCUGCCAGGGAGACGCCAUUGCCUUUUGUGUCAUGGAGAAGCACCCAAGUUUCUCUCCCCAUCUUCCACAACCGGGUGCCCACCAGAUGUCUUGGACUACAGCCCACACUGUCCCCAGCCACGUCUAAGCAGGCCAGGUUGCAGAAGGCUCUUUUAUCCUGCUACCUAUUGCUUAGAUGUAAUUAGUUGUGGAGUUGUGCUCUAUUGUGAGAGCGAGGGAAUAAAAACUCUCUACACUCUU